UUGUGGAAUUCUUCACCAGUCACUUAUUUUAUCUUACCGUUGUUAAAUACAAAGCAUGGCUAAGUCAAAUAUAGUGGUUCCUGUGAAAUACGAAUUGAAUUUCAACUGGGAUUUGAACACCAAUUCCUUUGAAGGGAAGGCAGACAUAGAAAUCAAGGUUGAGCAGCCGACGCAGCUUAUUGAACUGAAGGCAAAAGAUCUGUUCUUCAAAGAUGCUCACUUCACAGGCGUUGAUAUGUUACAACAAAAAGCCGAAGUCAUCAUCAACGAAGGAACCGAAACCGCCUCGUUGAAAUUCCCGUACGAACUCAAUGUUGGCGAUGGUCAGUUGAGGCUGGCAUACGGUGGACGAGUAAAUUAUUUCAAUGGCGGAAUAUUCUUUGGUAGAUUUGAGAACGACAGCAGUCACAGUAAAGUAAUUGCAGCUGAUCUGAAGAAUGAAGGCUACUACCAAGUUUUUCCAACGUUGAGAUCAGUCGGCCCAGUCUACUGCAACGUAACUAUGAAUGCACCAAGUGGUUAUACCGCUCUGUCUAACAUGUCUCGAGUGUCUGAUGAUGGAGAUGUCAGUUUUAAAACAGCCAUAUUUUCAAAGCCUGAAGAAUUGCGUAUGGUUCUUGGACCUUUCAAAACCCUAAAAGAAGAGGGAUGCAAUGAUGUUAAACCCUUAAUCAAAAUCCACUCGUGUUCAGAAAAUAUCCAUUUGGGUGAUUGCGCACUGAAGCUGGCUGUUGAUUUCAGAAACAAGAUGCAGAAAUAUUUCGCUGAGAAAAUUCCUAAUCUGGAAAAAAUCGAUUUGGUGGCUUUACCAGAUUAUUGCAAAGAAUAUUCCAGUCAAUAUGGUUUGGCAUUCUUUCGUGAAAGUUCUUUGUUAGUUUCUGAAGAUUCAACACUCGAAAACCAACUGAAGGUCCUCCAGUCUGUCUCCUCAGUGAUGUGUCAACAACUUAUUUUUGCUAUGUAUCCGGAGAAAAAAGCUUGGCUCAUAGAUGGCAUACGUAAGUUUUUCAGUUAUUUAGUUUUGGAUGUGCUGCGUCCAGGCUUCGAAUGUCUGAAACAAUUUUACGCUGAGGUUACAUCAAAGGCAUUAACAUUCAAUUCGCUGUCCAGUAAAGAGGCUGCACUGAAUAAACAAGAUGAUAUAAUUCAGAACAAAACAGCUUCUCUGAUUGCUAUGCUUUAUAACUCCCCAUAUAUGCAGAACCGUGUGGCUGGUGUAGACAAUGAAUCAGAAUGCAACGUUUUGGAGGAAUUCGUGGACCAACUCGAAACUGGUGAGUGGUGUCCGCCAUUCAAUUUAUUUGUUCAUCCAGAUUGCGAGGAAAGUUUUGAAUCUUGGACAAACCAAUCUUCGUUUCCUCUAGUCAAGGUUGAGCGGGAAUUUGUCGAUGGUGAUAUGAACCUGAUUAUAAAACAGGAACCAUACUUAGGAAACGAAGGUCAAACCUGGCGUUUUCCUAUAAAUAUAAGUGUGGAAUCUAAGCAAGAGGUUCUUCGGGAAACAGUAUCAUCGAUAACUUUCAAAACCAACAUAGAAAAUGUUGACGAAAAACAAUGGAUUUUUAUAAAUUCAACUGGUUUCGGCUGCUUCCGUACACUUUACAGCACGAGCAUGCUUGAGGCUUUACUACGUGGAGUUCGUGAGAAGACUUUACCAGCCCAUAAUAGAAGCGUCUUGCAAAACGACUUAUUUUCCUUGACGUUUGACUCUAAAAUAAGUUUAAUCGAUCUCAUGAGUGCAUUGCCAGCUUUUAUCGAAGAGGACGACCAUCACGUUCUCUACGAUUUGAUCAAUAACUAUGAGAGUAUGGGAUAUUUGUUACAAGCUAAGAAUCUCUUCGAAGACUGGAAGCUAUUUGCCAGUAGCCUCUUUCGAAAAUCCUUUCAAACAGUAGGAUUUGAAAGACAAAAUGGUGAAAAAACGAUUACUACCUUGCUAAGGGACAAACUGCUGUGUAUGUUAGGAAAAUAUGGCGAAGAUAGUGUACUUAAGGAAGCCAGGAUGCUCUUCAAGAGUUUUCUCAAUUAUAGGAACUUCAUCGAUCCAAAUAUUCGAUAUUCUGUCUACACCACGGUUCUUUGUCACGAUGAGGAAGCAUUUGGUAUGUUAAAAGAGGUUUACGAAAAUCUGUUGUGGGAUGAGGAAAGAAUGAGAAUUGAACGUGCGUUUGGUUCUGCCAGGAAAGAGAAAAACCUGAAGAAAGUCUUAGAGCUUUCACUUUCGAAUGAAGUUAAGAAACAAGCCAUAGUGAAUAUGGUUGAAGGAAUCACGCACACAGUGAAAGGGAGAGAACUUGCUUGGAAAUUUUACAAAGAGAAUUGGUCGGUUUACAACAUUUAUUAUCGAAAUUGUCCAAUAGAAGCUAAACUUAUUGAGGUAAUUACGACAAUUAAUAAUUAA